UCCAACAAUUAUCCAUUCCAUUACCAUCAAAUAUCAAAAAAUACAAAAACAAAAUCAGAUAAACAGACACACAACCAAAAAAACAUAGAGAGAAAGAGAGGAACCAACCAAAACAACCAACCACCAUAUUUGCUUCCAUUCCACCAAAACAACAAUGCCCCAUCGUAAUAGUAACUCGUGGCACUCAUCGCCACCGUUAAUCAGUCCACCACUCCUCAUCAUUCUAUUACCUAUCCUCACCUUAACCCUCCUCUUCCUCACCGUCCCUCCCCUUCUCUCCGCCGUCAAAACAAGCAACUGGAACAUGAACUCCCUCAACAUUCUCCUCGUCGUUUUCGCCAUCUUAUUCGGAAUUUUCUCUAGAAAAAACGACGACGAUUCAUCUUCUUCCAAGCAACAAAUCCAAAACGACGCAUUCCGCAGCGUUUCAGUUUCAGACACGCAACAAUGGUAUGGAUUCUCUAGUGAUGAGAGGAAAGUGUUUGAUGAAAGUUCGAAUCGGUUACAGUCACCGGUUACCGGUGUUAACCGGUUGAGAAGGAGUAGUAGUUCUUAUCCAGAUCUACGUCAGAUAGAAACCGGUGAUGACGGUUACAAGUUUCGUUUCUUUGAUGAUUUUGAAAUCGAGAAACAGUUUCGUUCUCCGGUGAGAGCUACAUUUUCUGUCUCGGACCACCGUAAACGGUUGCCGGAGUAUCGAAGUAGACAAGAAGAACUACAAGAAGUUCAUGUUAAGGAAAUUCCGGUGGACACUUUUGAGAUUCGUUCGUCUUCUCCGGUGAAGUCACGUUCACCUCCUUCGCCACCGCCACCUCCGCCGGUUUUAUCUCGGCGUCAUUCGAAUCAGAUGCAUCGGAGUGUGGAGAGUAGGAGUGAGAUAACUGAGGUUGAAGAUCUCGAGUUCACGAGGUUAGAGUCUCGGCCGCAUGAUCCUCCGCCGCCGUUGUCGCCGUCGCCUCCACGGUUGUCGGCGAAGACACGAUCGGAGAAGACGGAGCGAAGGAAGAGUAAUGUGAAGAGAGAGAUAGCAAUGGUUUGGGCUUCGGUACUUUCUAAUCAGAGAAAGCGAAAGAAGAAGCAGAGACCGAAAAAUGAUCACAAUCACCGUUAUGAUAAUGUUGAGGAAUUAACAAACAACACGAUGGCUGCACCGAUGACUCCGCCGCCUCCUCCGCCACCCCCACCUUCAGUUUUUCAUAGUAUAUUCAGAAAAGGACUUGGUAAGAACAAGAAAAUUUAUUCAGUACCGGCGCCGCCUCCUCCUCCGCCGUCCAGGAGAUCGUCUAGGCUAAAGAAUCAAAUCCCUCCGCCACCGCAGACUCCUCCACCGGCAUUACCACGCCGGAGAAAUAACACGAAGCCGCCAUUACCAAACAAAUCAAGCAAUUUCAACGAGACAUUAAACUCCGGCAACCAGUCACCACUGAUCCCUGUUCCGCCACCUCUACCGCCGUUCAAGCUGCCGGCGAUGAAGUUUGUGGUUCGGGGUGAUUUUGUUAAGAUACAAAGUAACCAGAGUUCGCGAAGUACUUCGCCUGAACGGGAGCACAUUGAUGUGGAAGUUUCAGAAGCCACAGCUGUUACUAACACCGUUAUGAAUCACAAUGGCAAUGUUGGUGAGUCGGUUUUUUGUCCCAGCCCCGACGUGAAUGCGAAGGCAGCGACAUUCAUUGCUCGUCUCAGGGGAGAAUGGAAGCUGCAAAAGCUUAACUCCAUCAAGGAGAAAGGCAAUGCCUCAUUGCCUCUUGCAAGAGAUUAAUUACACUAAACGAGUGUUUUAAAUAUCGGUCCGCCAUUGUAAUCUCGGCCACAACAUAAUGAUUUUCAAUGUUUUAAUGCGACUGCAGUUGCGGCUGUAUCUGCUGCAUUUGACCGCAAUUCUCUGCGUUGUUAAGAACUACGCGAAUCGCACGUUAAUGAUGGCUAUAUCUGCUCCAUUUGACUUCAGUUCACUGCAUUGUUAAGAACUACGUGAUCGCAUGCGAUCGCAAUUUAAAACCCUAUUAUACUACACUUUGUAAAAAGAUCUAUUAAGGAAUUGGGCUCUAAUUAUGGUUUUUUGGUUCAAUUAUUAGAGCCUACUGAACAAAUAUUUUUGAGAGAUUUGAGUUUGGUUUUGAUUUUGAUUUUUUAAUCGGGUAAACCGGGUUUUGUUGAUUGAUUUUGAUCUACGGCUUUUUGUUACUAUGAUCCUAUAGAUCAUGCAUUAGAAUUUAAUUAUAACUGAUUUGUAUAGGAAGAUAGCUUAGGUGAAGCUCUAAUUAUGUUUUUGAUGUCUUAUUAGAGCUUCUACCUGAUUAUUUGAAGUGUGAACUUAUGGUUUGGCACAGCUUGUAUGUUUCUAUAAUAUGCAGCAAUGAACCUCUGAUUGUAUUUUUGAAUAAAGAUGUGAUUUACUAUUGGAUA